UUUUUCAUCACCAACUCAAGUCUUCUUUCCCAAGUAUCAAAUUAAGCUUUCUUUCAUUUCAUAAGUCUUUCCGGUUCAUUUUCUUGUUUCAUUUCCACCUGAAAGAUAAAAACCAUGGGUUUUCGGUUACCAGCAAUUGCUAGUGCCAAGAAAACUCUUACCAGAUCUCUAUCUGGUUCAAAGACAUUAGAUAUCCCUAAAGGAUACUUUGCAGUCUAUGUUGGGGAGAGCCAGAAGAAACGAUUCGUGGUUCCAAUAUCAUACUUGAACCAUCCUUCAUUCCAAGAUUUGUUGAGGCAAGCAGAAGAAGAAUUUGGAUUUGAUCAUCCCAUGGGCGGUAUCACCAUCCCCUGCAGUGAGCACACCUUCCUUGAUCUCACUUCAAGCUUAAGUGAAUGAAUUAAUGAAGUGAAUCUGAGAUACAACUUCAUAUCGAAAUUGAUCACCCUCAAUUCUGAACUCAUUGAUUUGACACAUGAAGAUGAGGCUAUGAGGGGCCAGCCGGAAACAACUUAUGCAAUGUUGUUUGUGAAGGUCUCAAUGUGCUGAGCAGAUCAAGAUGCAAAUUUCUACAAGCAGAAAGCUGGCAUGUCAUGAGUCCUCUAAAGCUAUUGCCAACAUGAGGACUCUGAUUUUUGAAAUCAAAUGAAGCAAGAAGGCCAUUUUGUCUUUUCACUCGUGUAAACUUCUUCAUUUGUUGUACAGAAAUUUUUUGGAAUAUAAUAUACUUCAAUUCCUCAAA